GCAAAAAUGUGGACAAACUACUGUAUAACAAAGUUAGAGAGUGAUUCACUUAGGUGGGGAAAAAUUCUGGCUGAAACAGACUCUACUGUCCCUCACCAUUAUGUGAACUUAGUCAUUACAACACCGUACCUUUUUUUGUGGUUGCAGAUGCAUAUUACUCUGCAAAUUUAAAAGGGCAUUAAUUCCAGCCUAAUUCCAACAAAAUCUUUAUUUUUUGCAGCAGAGAAAAAACCAAAGUGAUGAUGACUAGUAACCAAAAUCUUCAAGGUUUUCUUAUUAACAUUCUUGUUCUUCAUUCUUUUUACUUAGGACUUUGCUUAUCAAUAUGUACCAUUAACAGCACUCAGUAUCUAAGAGAUCCAGCAACUUUAUGGUGCAAUGAUAACCUCUUCAAGUUGGGAUUUUUCAGUCCUGGAAAUACGUCGAAUCGUUAUGUUGGUAUUUGGUAUAACUUCUCAGAAACAACUGUUGUUUGGGUGGCAAAUAGAGACAGGCCUUUGAAAGAUUCGUCCGGGGUUUUCAAGAUUCACAAGGAUGGAAAUCUUGUUGUGAUGAAUGGAAUGAAAGAAAUUCUUUGGAUGUCGAACAUUUCAUCUACUUCACAGGUUAAUCCGAAUUCAAUUCUUGCUCAGUUACAAGGUGGGAACCUUGUUUUAUUCGAUAACUCGAAUAAUGGGAAGAUAAUAUGGCAAAGUUACCAACAUCCUAGUGAUACAUUUUUGCCUAAGAUGAAAAUACCUAUUAACUCUGUUAAAACAGGAGAGAAAACAGGGUUAAGAUCUUGGAAAAGCCCUUUGGACCCAAAUUUUGGGAAUUUUUCGACUAGCAUUACCGCGAUUCUUCCUCAGCUUUUGAUUUGGCAAGGGAAAAAUCUUCACUGGCGAAGUGGUCAAUGGAAUGGUCAGGUUUUUAUUGGGGUGAAGUAUAUGCGUAGCGUGCACACGGGUGGAUAUAAUGUUGUUGAUGAUGAAGAAGGUACUGUCUAUCUUACGGGUCUUGUUGACCGAAAGGAAGUGACAAGGUUCGUCUUGGACCCGAGUGGGAACUUGGUACAAUCGUACUGGGACGGGAGUGAGAGGACUUGGAAGUUUUGGUGGUCAGCUAUAGAAAACGAUUGUGAUGUUUAUGGAACUUGUGGUCCAUUUGGGAGUUGCAAUUCAUUGGAUUCGCCAAUUUGUUCGUGUUUAAGAGGGUUCGAGCCAAAAAAUAUAGAGGAAUGGGAAAAGAGAAAUUGGACUAGUGGUUGUGUGAGGAGGAAAAAUUUGCAAUGUGAUCAAGAAAAGAACAAAACAAGUAGUAAAAGAGAUGGAUUUUUAAAGGUGGAAUUCAUGAAAGUGCCCAAUUUCGCUCAAUGGUUACCUCCUAAGCUUGAAGAUGAAUGUAGAAGCAUAUGCUUGAGUAACUGUUCUUGCUUAGCCUAUGCUUUUGACACUGGGAUAGGCUGUAUGUCGUGGAGCGGAAGCUUGAUUGACGUUCAGCAAUUCCAAGGCUCUGGCACGACCCUUCACAUCCGCGUAGCACAUUCUGAACUCGAUCAUCACCGAGAGAUCAGACUAUUAGCAAUUCUGGUUAUAUUAUUGUUGUUUACUGUUUGUGUCGGCGUAUUUCUUAGCUGGUUUUGGAUAUCAAGGCGAAGAGGUAAAAUAUGGUUCCACUUUAAAAGGAACCAUCAGUUGGAGGGAAAGAAAAUCUCUUUGGAAGAAAAUGUUACUAAAAUUGAUUUGGAGGACUUACCAAUUUUCGAGUUUGAAGUGCUAGCAAUGUCAACAGACCAGUUUCAUGAGAACAAUAAGCUUGGACAAGGUGGUUUUGGUCCAGUAUACAAGGGGGUACUAGGCGACGGGCAAGAAAUAGCUGUCAAGAGGCUUUCGACCGCCUCAGGACAAGGGAUGGAAGAGUUCAUGAAUGAAGUUUUGUUGAUAUCUAGAGUCCAACAUAGAAACCUUGUUAGAUUAUUGGGAUGUUGCAUUGAAAAGAAGAAGAUGUUGAUCUAUGAGUAUUUGCCAAACAAAAGCUUGGAUGUUUUUCUCUUUGAUCAAACGCAUAAAGGGAUGUUGGAUUUGAGCAAACGAUUGCACAUUAUCGAAGGGAUUGGCCGAGGACUACUAUAUCUACACAGAGAUUCAAGAAUAAAGAUAAUCCACAGAGAUUUAAAGCCAAGUAACAUCUUGCUAGAUAAUGAUCUCAAUCCGAAGAUUUCAGACUUUGGCAUGGCUAGGAUUUUCAAAUGUAACCAAGAUCAAGCAGAGACAAGGAAAGUUGCAGGAACCUACGGGUAUAUGGCCCCAGAGUACGCGAUCAAAGGGACGUUCUCUGAGAAAUCCGACGUUUUUAGCUUUGGAGUGCUCUUGUUGGAGAUCAUGAGUGGGCAAAAGGUUGCAAGUUUUUGGAAUGAGGAGAUCUCAUUAAGCCUUGUUGGAUAUGCAUGGGAACUCUGGAAAGAGAAUGAUUUAUCAAAUUUCAUUGAUCCAGUGAUAUGGAAUCCCAACUUUGAAAUGGUGUUGACAAAAUGCACACACAUAGGGUUGCUAUGUGUUCAAGAAUUUGCUAGAGACAGGCCAACAAUUUCAACAGUACUUUCCAUGCUUUCUAGUGAAGUUAUAAGUCUGCCAGCACCAUUGCAGCCUGCUUUUGCUAACUUCUAUGAUGAUAAUAUUGGAGGUUCUGUAAAUUAUGUCACUUUGACAAACCUUGAUGGUAGAAUUGCUAAUGAGAUCCAAAGAACUUUAUGGUGCAAUGAUAACAUCUUCAAGUUGGGAUUUUUCAGUCCUGGAAAUACGUCGAAUCGUUACGUUGGUAUUUGGUAUAACUUCUCUGAAACAACUGUUGUUUGGGUUGCAAAUAGAGAUAAGCCAUUGAAAGAUUCAUCUGGGGUUUUCAAGAUUCACAAGGAUGGAAAUCUUGUUGUGAUGAAUGGAAUGAAAGAAAUUCUUUGGACGUCGAACGUUUCAUCUGCUUCACAGGUCAAUACGAAUUCAAUUACUGCUCAAUUACAAGGUGGGAACCUUGUUUUAUUCGAUAACUCGAGCAAUGGGAACAUAAUAUGGCAAAGUUACCAACAUCCUAGUGAUACAUUUUUGCCUAAGAUGAAAAUACCUAUUAACUCUGUUAAAACAGGGGAGAAAACAGGGUUAAGAUCUUGGAAAAACCCUUUGGACCCAAAUUUUGGGAAUUUUUCGACUAGCAUUGCCGUGAUUCUUCCUCAGCUUUUGAUUUGGAAAGGGAAAAAUCUUCACUGGCGAAGUGGUCAAUGGAAUGGUCAGGUUUUUAUUGGGGUGAAGGAUAUGCGUAGCGUGCACACAGGUGGAUAUGAUGUUGUUGAUGAUGAAGGUACUGUCUAUGUUACGGGUCUUGUUGAACGAAAGGAAGUGACAAGGAUCGUGUUGGACCCGAGUGGGAACUUUGUGCAAUCGUACUGGGACGGGAUUGAUAGGAUUUGGAAGUUUUUGUGGUCGGCUAUACAAAACGAUUGUGAUGUUUAUGGAACUUGUGGUCCAUUUGGGAGUUGCAAUUCAUUGGAUUCGCCAAUUUGUUCGUGUUUAAGAGGGUUCGAGCCAAAGAAUAGAGAGGAAUGGGAAAAGGGAAAUUGGACUAGUGGUUGUGUGAGGAGGAAACCGUUGCAAUGUAAUCAAGAAAAGAACAUAACAAGUGAAAGAGAUGGAUUUUUAAAGAUGGGAUUCAUGAAAGUGCCCGAUUUCGCUGAAUGGUUACCUCCUAAGUUUGAAGAUGAAUGCAGAAGCCAAUGCUUGAGUAAUUGUUCUUGCUUAGCCUAUGCUUUUGACAUCGGGAUAGGCUGCAUGUCUUGGAGCAGAUUCCUGAUUGACGUUCAAAAAUUCCAAGGCUCUGGCACGACACUUUACAUCCGUGUGGCACAUUCGGAACUCGAUCAUCCCGGAGAGAUUAGACUGAUCGCGAUUCUAAUGAUCGUAUCAUUUUUUAUCAUUUGUGUUGGUGUGUUUCUCAGCUGGUUUUGGAUGUCAAGGCGAAGAGGUAAAAUAUGGCUUCACUUUAAAAGGAACCAUCAGUUGGACGAAAAGAAGAUCUCUUGGGAAGAAAAUGUUACUAAACUUGAUUUGGAGGAGUUACCAAUUUUCAAGUUUGAAGUGCUUGCAAUGUCAACAGACCAGUUUCAUGAGAACAAUAAGCUUGGACAAGGUGGUUUUGGUCCAGUAUACAAGGGAGUAUUAGCAGAUGGAGAAGAAAUAGCUGUCCAGAGGCUUUCGACCGCCUCAGGACAAGGGAUGGAAGAGUUCAUGAAUGAAGUUUUGUUGAUAGCUAGAGUCCAACAUAGAAACCUUGUUAGAUUAUUGGGAUGUUGCAUUGAAAAAGAAGAGAAAAUGUUGAUCUAUGAGUAUUUGCCAAACAAAAGCUUGGAUGUUUUUCUCUUUGAUCAGACGCAUAAAGGGAUGUUAGAUUUGAGCAAACGAUUGCACAUUAUCGAAGGGAUUGGCCGAGGACUACUAUAUCUACACAGAGAUUCAAGAAUAAAGAUAAUCCAUAGAGAUCUAAAGCCAAGUAAUAUAUUGCUAGACAAUGAUUUCAAUCCAAAGAUUUCCGACUUUGGCAUGGCUAGGAUUUUCAAAUGUAACCAAGAUCAAGCGGUGACCAGGAAAGUUGCAGGAACCUACGGGUAUAUGGCCCCAGAGUACGCAAUCAAAGGGACGUUCUCUGAGAAAUCCGACGUUUUUAGCUUUGGAGUGCUACUGUUGGAGAUCAUGAGUGGGCAAAAGGUUGCAAGUUUUUGGAAUGAGGAGAUGUCAUUAAGCCUUCUUGGAUAUGCAUGGGAACACUGGAAAGAGAAUGAUUUAUCAAAUUUCAUUGAUCCAGUGAUAUGGGAUCCCAACUUUGAAAUGGUGUUAACAAAAUGCAUACACAUAGGUUUGCUAUGUGUUCAAGAAUUUGCUAGAGACAGGCCAACAAUUUCAACAGUACUUUCUAUGCUUUCGAGUGAAGUUAUAAGUCUGCCAGCACCAUUGCAGCCUGCUUUUGCUAACUUUUAUGAUGAUAUUAAUGGAGGUUCUGUAAAUUAUGUUACUUUGACAAACCUUGAUGGUAGAUAAUUAACAUGAGAUUUGUGAAAAGUAACUAGAUUAACAUCUGCUUUACCAAUUUCUUUUGGGAUUCUUUCUUUUAUCCAUUCUGCCAAACUUAAUUACGACGGUAGCCCAAAUAUACGAAACUUAUACAUUGAUAUGUAUAUUAUACGUACAUUAUAUGCAUAGCAUAUGUAUAUUUAAAGAUAAUAUACAAAAUUUAUACAUU